AUUUAAUUAAUACAGUAAAAAAAAAAAAACAUUAAUGGAGAGUUGUUGUUCCGACAGAAAGUAGAGCAAAUCUCAGCUGUCUCAGUGGCGUCGAGUAAUUUCUUCCGUAUGGGAUUGGCACUUAAAACAAAACGGAAAAACAAAAAUAAGAGAAUAAGAUUGUGGAAAAUAUGGAUUCAUCGACGGCACGGAUCGUGGUUCGUUCCUCAAUGUUGGACUUGAUAAGAGCUUGCGGCUUCUCGGGCUUAGCCGGUGUUAGGAUCGACAAGGAAGAGCUCAGACGGAGGCUUUUGAUGCCUCAGUAUCUACGUCUUGCGAUGCUGGAUUCCAUUAGGAAAAAGGACGUCGACGGCGGUGACCAGCAUUUCCGUUUACGUGGCUCCGACAGUGUUUCUUCUUCUGAAUCCCCUAUGGUCGUUUUUAUUAACUCCCGUAGCGGCGGCCGCCAUGGCCCUGUCCUUAAAGAGCGUCUAAAGCAAUUAAUCAGCGAAGAACAGGUAUUUGACCUCCACGAUGUGAAACCGCUUGAAUUUGUACGGUAUGGACUGGCUUGCCUUGAGAAGUGGGCUAACAACGGAGAUCUCUGUGCAAGAGAGACACGGCAGAACAUUAGAGUUGUAGUUGCUGGAGGUGAUGGUACUAUUGGUUGGGUACUUGGAUGUCUUGGAGAACUUCAUCAAAAGGGUCGGGAGCCAGUUCCUCCUGUAGCUAUCAUUCCACUUGGUACAGGCAAUGACUUGUCUAGAAGUUUUGGUUGGGUAAGAUAUUCCUUUGAAUUUAAAAUUUUGAUGUUGUCUACUGGUUUCUUUUCUUGCUUUGUUAACUCAUGCUCUGAAUGUUCACUGCAGGGAGGUUCCUUUCCUUUUGCCUGGAAAUCGGCAAUUAAAAGAACUCUGCAAAGAGCUACUAAGGGUCGAAUUUGUCGUCUAGAUAGUUGGCAUGUUGUGUUGCAAAUGCCUGGCGGAGUAGCUGUUAAUCCUCCCCAUUCUUUGAAGGUUACUGAAGAGUGUCAGCUUGAUCAGACUUUGGAGAUUGAGGGGGAUGUUCCUGACAAAGUGAAAUGUUAUGAAGGAGUAUUCUUUAAUUACUUUAGCAUAGGAAUGGAUGCAAAAGUUGCUUAUGGAUUCCAUCAUUUACGUAAUGAGAAACCUUACCUUGCUCAAGGUCCUAUUACAAAUAAGAUUAUCUACUCCAGUUACAGUUGCACUCAGGGUUGGUUUCUCACACCUUGCAUAAGUGAUCCAAGUUUAAGGGGACUCAAGAACGUUUUAAGGAUACAUAUUAAAAGGGUCAAUUGCUCGGAAUGGGAGCAGAUUCCAGUCCCAAAAAGUGUGAGGGCAGUUGUUGCUUUAAAUCUUCAUAAUUAUGGAAGUGGGCGAAAUCCAUGGGGUAACCCAAAACCAGAGUAUUUGGAAAAGAGAGGCUUUGUUGAGGCCCACGCCGAUGAUGGUCUUCUAGAAAUUUUUGGCUUAAAGCAAGGAUGGCAUGCGUCAUUUGUAAUGGUUGAACUCAUAUCUGCAAAACACAUUGCGCAGGCUGCAUCGAUUAGACUAGAGAUAAGGGGUGGAGAGUGGAAAGAUGCAUAUAUGCAGAUGGAUGGGGAACCAUGGAAACAGCCCAUGAGCAAGGAUUAUUCAACAUUCUUGGAAAUCAAGAGGGUGCCUUUUGAGUCGCUAAUGAUCAGUGGAGAGUGACAUUGGCGAAUCCUUAACGCAUGGCAUCAAUGUAAAGCGUCGUUUUUCAACCAAGUGCUUGUAAAUUAUGUUUGUUUUCGCUGUGGACUAGGAAUUUGGGCACGGAGAAGAGAAAAAAAUACUUAGGAAUACGGAAUCUGUUGUAGACUUUACAAUUUAUGUAUUCGUAUAAUAUUUUAUAUGAAUGUAUUACAAUUUGCAUGAAUAUAAAAAUAU